CGCCCAUCCCAUCCGGAAGUACUGCGGGUUUGAGCAUUUGUUUUGCUGUCACGACAGCAAGUUAAAGCGUUGUAUGUUCACACCUUAUUUAGAGUAACUAAGUUUGAAAGCUCAUUGAAAUCAAUAUUUUUCAGUCUUGCCUCAUUUUAUUUCGGAGUUAGAGGUCGGGAAGUUCACGUAACGGGAACAACUCAAGAAAGAAACGCAAAUUCUCGGAGGAACAGCUGCCUAUAAUGAAGAACAGGUUAAAAUGAUUUACCAUAUAACGUUACCCCGUUAAACGUCUUUAAACGUCAAUCAUGGAUUGUACAGUUCUUGAGCUCGAUGCUGUUAAAUUUGCAAAAUCAGCUGUACUGCAUGAUCAGCAGGGGAAAUACAAUGAAGCUGUUUUCUAUUAUAAGGAGGCUGCCCAGGCUCUCAUCUAUGCAGGAAUGGCUGGAUCCAAACUAGAGAACAUUCAAGACAAGGUGAACGAGUACCUGGACAGAGUACAGACUCUACUCAGUGCCGUUCAAGCACAGAGCAGUGACCCUCUGAAGAGUAAGCACCAGUUGGAUCUGGAGAGGGCGUACUUUCUGGUGACACAGGCUUUUGAAGAGGAUGAGAAAGAAAAUGCAGAUGAGGCCAUUGAGCUCUACACUCAGGCUGUGGAGUUGUGCAUUCAAGCGUCCAAUGAGACGUCAGAUCAAGCACUACAGGGGAAACUGAAGCAGCUUGCUCGGCAGGCUCUGGACAGGGCAGAGGGACUGAAAGACUCUCUUAGUAAACCAGCAAACCAGGACAAGCCUGCCUCCUUUGCAUCGAAAGGCCCUGCUCAGGUGAGGCAGUUCUUCCCGCUAGGCCAAGACUUCUCCCUCCACGACAAACCUCAGCCGGUUCGAGCAGUGCAGUCCAGUGAGCCGCAGGGUCAGCGUUACACAGCGGAGGAGAUCGAGGUGCUCAGAAAGACUUCCAAGAUAAAUGGAAUUGAAUAUGUUCCAUUCAUGAGUGUUGACCUGAGGGAACGUUUUGCUUUUCCUGUUCCGUUCUCGGACAAAUGUGGGAAACUGGCUCUGUCGCCGAAGCAAAAAGCCAUAUUCUCACGCUGGGUUCGUCCAGAUGACAUCUGCAAUAACCCCACCAUGAUCUUCACUGUGUCCAGCUUCAGCAUCAAGCAGACGGUUGUGUCAGACUGUUCCUUUGUUGCCUCAUUGGCCAUCAGUGCAGCAUAUGAGAGACGCUACAGCAAAAAGUUGAUCACAAGCAUCAUCUACCCACAGAACAGGAAGGGAGAGCCAGAGUAUAACCCCUGUGGGAAGUACAUGGUGAAGCUGCACAUUAAUGGUGUCCCGAGAAAGGUGAUCAUUGAUGAUUUCCUACCCGUGGACCGCAACGGCGAGCUGCUUUGCUCCUAUUCCAGUAAUCGCAACGAACUUUGGGUGUCGCUCAUUGAGAAGGCCUACAUGAAGGUCAUGGGAGGAUAUGAUUUCCCAGGUUCCAAUUCUAAUAUCGAUUUGCACGCUCUCACUGGCUGGAUCCCAGAGCGUAUUGCUAUGCACUCAGACAAUCAGUCCUUUAACAAAGAUGACACUUUCCGCAUGCUUUUCCAGAGGUUUCACAGAGGAGAUGUUCUCAUCACCACAGCGACAGGGGUCAUGACUGAAGAAGAGGGGGAGAAGUGGGGUUUAGUUCCCACACAUGCUUACGCUGUCCUAGACAUCAGGGAAUACAAGGGUAAACGCUUCCUCCAGCUGAAGAACCCUUGGAGCCAUCUCAGGUGGAAAGGCCGCUAUAGCGAACGUGAUGAAAAGAACUGGACACCAGAUCUUCUCAAAUACCUCAAUUUUGACCCCAAAACUGCACAGAAGUUUGACAAUGGGGUGUUUUGGAUCAUCUGGGAAGACUUGUGCCAGUAUUACGAUGUCAUCUACUUGAGCUGGAAUCCAGCACUGUUCAAAGAAUCCUCAUGUAUACACAGUAGCUGGGAUGGCAAACAAGGACCUGUGAAGGACGUCUACAGUUUGGCCAAUAACCCUCAGUACAAGCUGGAGGUGCAGUGUCCUCAAGGGGGCGCUGCAGUAUGGGUGCUACUCACCAGACACAUCACUGACAAGGAUGACUUUGCUCAAAAUCGGGAGUUUAUUACUUUAGUAGUUUACAAGACAGAUGGAAAGAAAGUCUAUUAUCCAGCUGAACCUCCUCCCUACAUUGAUGGCAUCAGGAUCAAUAGCCCUCACUACUUAACUAAGAUCAAACUGACUAGUCCUGGAACUCACACCUUUACACUGGUGGUCUCUCAGUAUGAAAAACAAAACACCAUCAACUACACGCUAAGGGUGUACUCGGUAUGCAAGUUUAAUUUCUCCAAAAUCCCAACACCCUUCACCCACACCAAAAGAAUAAAUGGCCAGUGGAAGGGGGCCAGUGCAGGAGGUUGUGGAAACUACAGAGAUAGCUUCAAGAACAACCCCAUAUAUCAGUUCAACUUGGAGAAAACAGGCCCUCUGCUCAUCGAACUUCGCGGCUCCAGGCAGUACAGUGUGGGCUUUGAAGUGGUGACCGUUUCUACUGCAGGGGAUUCUGGAUCAUCAGGCUCUCAAAAGAGGGGCAGUGGAGAUUACCGAUGCGGUUUCUGUUAUAUGGAGGUUGAGAACUUCCCUGCUGGGAUUUACAAUGUCAUCCCCACUACCUUCCUGCCCAAACAGGAAGGCCCAUUCUUCCUGGACUUCAGCAGUGUCACUCCACUGCGUGUAUCUCAGCUGCAAUAACAGCUCUAGAUCAUCGGCCCACCGGAUUGCUCUGCAAAUAUGAGACACUGAAGAUGCUUUAGCCAAUGCUCAUCGCUCCCUACGGCAUGGACAUGCUCGCUAACCAAAAUAAAUAAGCACCACCCACAGAUGAUACCUGGUAUAAUGCCAUAUUUGUCACGUUAGCGUGUGACAGAUAGCGUACAACUGCUCAUGACAGUGCCAUGCUCAGAGGAAGUGUGUUCAAUCAGCCAAAAAUGCACUCCUCUUAGUUCUGCAGUCCAAAGUUGCACUCAAAAACAAUGAUGUGUGUGUGCGCUUGAUCUGAAAUGACUGUUUUUUCACUCAGGAGACUUGCAUUAAAGCAGGGAUGUAUAUUAAUGAUGUCUGAUGAUAGAUCAGAGGGAUCUGUUUCGUGCACAGAAAUCUGUCUCCAUAUUAAGGGCUCUUCCUCUGGUCUGUUUGCUGAUGUCUAGGUAGAAAGACUCAGUUGCAGGGCUGCUCUCUUUAGUGGGCAGAGAAUGAGUGCACUUUUAUCAAAAAGAAAAAUGAUAGAUAGAGAUUAUGCAUUGAUCUAAAGCAUCAUAUUUUUUGUUUUUGUUCACGUUUUUCCCCCCAAAUGUCAACUUGAUCAGUCACUAUCUACCAGCACAGUACUGUACGUUUACAAAGCAUAACAAUGACCUGGAUGUUCUUACAUCAUAAAGGGUCACGCAUGAUUGAAAGUGAUGUUCCGUAUUGGGUAUUGUACAAAUGCUUAAAGUUCUUCUGUCUAACAUGCUUUUUGAUUUCUGUUCAUCUGCCUUGAUGUAUUUAUUUGCAGAGAUUAAAAUUAAUGUGUACAUGUCA